GGAGCGGAUUAGCGCAGUGUUAGUGCCCGGUGUCCACAACGUAGGUCCAAACACAAGAGUGACUGAAGGAGACUUUCAGAGGACAGACAUCCUUUUCACCUGUUUACCCUCUCCGGUCGGCGUCUCAGCAUCUCUCUGAACUCUUUUUUCCAACCUCUACCCUGCAAGAAUGUCUCAGUCCGACACGGAGACACCAGAAGACGGGCUUUACGGUUCCUGGGUUGAGUUGGAAGAGCUGAUUGCAGCUGUGAGCCGAAGAGAGAGUCUCACAGGACCUCAGGACAGUAUCUCCUCUGCCCUGCAGGGGGAGCUAGAGAGAAUCCUCCUUGAGGCACAGCUAGAGUGUGAGAGGAGUAGAGACAGUCCUCCACAGGUGACAACGCCACAGUCCACUGGAUCUCCAAGACCCACCAGUGAGCAAGACAGUGACUGUGUCCCAAUACAGGAGGAAGCUGAGCGACGGGUGGACACAGACUGGGUGUGGGAUUGGUCCAGUAGACCUGAAAAUAUGCCACCAAAAGAGUUUGUGUUUCAGCACCCGAAACAGCCAAGCUCGCUCAGUGUUAGGAAGACAGAGGUGAUGAAAAGAGGAAUCUUCUCCUCCGACGUUCUCCUCAUUCUUGUUCCCUCCCUGCUGGCUUCACAUCUGCUCACACUUGGAGUCGGCAUCUACAUCGGAAAACGACUGGCCGCUUCAUCAGCUUAGCCCACUGUGACUUUGGCUGUAAGCUCAUAUUCCUGUUCAGUUACACUCUGGUCAAUAAGGUCACAGUCCGCCCUCUCUCCCGCAGUAAUUUGCCUCAUUCUUUCAUCACGGGGCAAACAUAAGACCUGCCUCUAUGUACCUCUGUCUAUCCAGCAGCACUCUCUCUUUUCUAUCAGCAUUUCUUUUUGUCUAUAUGUACAUGUGGUAGGGCCCAAGGAGCAGAAGGAUGAUGACCAAUUAGUCAGACUGCGGCCACUAUUACUCUUCAGCAGAGUAACACUAAUCUCAGCCAGGUAGAGCAUAAUCAGAGGAAAGGGAUCACCAAGAUGCAAGAGGAAAGAGCAGGGGAACAAUGCAUCCUUUUGAUAAGGGGAGAUUAAAAUGGUUUGAUGGGAACAGUGUUUUGAGGAAAUGAGGUAGAUCAUUUGUGCUAGCAAUUCUCCCAAUUUUUGAUAAAGCAAGAUGUCUGUCAUUUGUCAAAAGUAAUGCCCCGUUGUAUGCCUGAGUGGCUUGAAAGGGGUUCCUGUUUUUUUUUUUUUUGUUCACCCUAGUCUUGAAUCUAAUGUAGAGACUUUUAGUUGGCUAAGCAAAUGUAGAAAUGGUUCUGAUAGUGCUUUUUGUUCCAGAAAGCAAUUAAAUAUAUUUGACCUCUGACAAAGAAAGUCAUGACCCCAUUAAACUUUACUCCUUCAAACAUUAA